AUUACUUUAACAUUUUAUUACUUUUCGUUGAAGUGGACAUAUUACUAUCGCAUCCAAUGCAUGAUUGUGUCAUAUUCGAUGCUAAAUUCAUAUAUGUUCAUAUGUAAUAUUAUGUGCUUUUUCAAAUUGAUUUAAAAUUAAUGACAUAUCGUAUUCUGAUUUACAAAUCACUUAAAUAAAUAUGAAUAAAUUGAUGUCAUUAUAAAAAAUUAUUGAAAGAUGUUGCGAGUAUUGAUUCGUAAGCCUUAUUGUAAAAUUUUAAAAUCUUACAAUCAUGCGUUUGUGCAAACUCGACAGUUAGGCUAUACCAGCUCUCUCUCAACGCGAAAAAAAUCGGGAAGUAGCGAUUGCGGUCAAGCAGAUGAGGUGUGUACCGAUAAGCCGAUAAAAUGGCCGAGCGGAAACAGGAUCAGUUUCGAUUUCCACGAAGAAACCGAAGCUGCGAUGAACAAACAGAUCAACGUCGAGCUGACGGCGUUUUAUUAUUAUUUGUCAAUGGCCGCAUAUUUCGGCCGCGUGGACGUCGCUUUACCCGGCUGCGAGUCAUUCUUCAUGCAGAUGCAUCAUGAGGAGUAUCAGCAUGCCUUGAGAUUUUUUAACUACGUAAAAAUGCGAGGCGGCAAGGUGCAUUUGUGCGCCUUGCCACCGCCGGACGAUCAAGACUGGAAAUGCCCGUUGCACGUGUUCAAAACAGCUUUGCAGCUGGAAAUCGAAGUCAGUAGAAAACUGGUCGCGGUGAACGUUGUAGCGGAGAAGCACGGUGAUCUGAACGCGAGUGACUUGAUCAUCACCGGCUUCAUGGAAGAUCAGAUGAAAAGCGUCAACGAAUUGGGGAGAUUAACGACCGUGCUGUCGGGCGUUGGCGAUCAAGCGCUGGCGCGAUUUCUGUUUGAUAAGGAUCUGCUCGAGAAUUACGUCACGUCCGGUUUCAAUGUUCUGAGAAAUAAAUCCCAGCUAAGAAACAAAUAGCUCCAUAUGUCCUCUCUUAUUGUUUUCGAUGAACAUAUAGAAUAUUACUUUUUUGUAACUUAUUGUAAAAUAUUACUUUUGUAACUUA